AGAAUUAGAAAAUAAUUUCUCACCAAUGGAGGCCUCACCAAUUGAAGUCAAUUGAAGGGUAAGGUUCUCUUGUGGGGUUUUUAACCAAUCAAAAGUCAUGCUUUAGAUACCUAACUCAGCAACAGAUGUACAACGUCUCCUGAAAACAUAUUUUUAAUUUUUUUAAGCUUCAAUUAAGUUGAAAUAACUUGCUACCACGGAUCCAUUUUCUUUCGUAAUAGACACAAAUAGGGCGUCAAUUUUUCUUAGCUUUCUUUUGCUAAAUUUUGAAGGGGAGCCCUUUGUUGGUCAUGCAAAAACUGUUCCCAUUUGCGGAAAAAUUCCAUCUUUUUGUUCCUUCUUUCUUUAUAUCUGAUCUGAAGGAAGAAGCGCGAACUCAGAAAGGAAACGAGCUUCCAUUGCUCAGUCUUGUUCUUCGCAGGCUUUUUUAGGGCUGCAGCAGAGCAGAGGACGUCAUCCUUCAGAACACGUCUUCCUGCACAAUGGAUAAAAAGGCUACUAGAAAUGGCCUUGAAUUGGUGAGAUCAGUUUCCGAUAAGCAUAGUGAUCUUUUGAGGUCAUCUGCUCGAUAUUUUUCGGCAGUUAAAGGGCACUUAUCAGAUGCGGUAGGCUAUGAAAGGAGCAAGUAUACCCUCAUCAGAGAUCCAGAAGAUACCCAACUAGGCAUUUAUGACAAACCCCUUCCAUGCUUUGGCUGCGGAAUAGGAUGGUUUUCAUUUCUUUUAGGUUUUCUGUUCCCACUUCUUUGGUACUAUGCGACAUUUCUCUAUUUUGGAAAUUACUACCGCAGGGAUCCCAGGGAGAGAGCAGGACUGGCAGCCUCAGCAAUUGCGCUUCAAUCUUAAAGUAGCAAAAUUGUCGUUGUCAUUGCAGGCACUGGCUUGUACUGUAGUGUUGUUGGUCCUAGCAGCAAUUCGUCUCUUUUAGCCACUGUCACUCUGAUCCCGGGAUGCUUCUAAAUUACUCUGUGAGCAUCAGAAAAUUGAAGUAAAAUUGUGAGGACAUGUAGAUAACACGGCAGAAGAGCAGAAAACAUAUAGUUCCAAGACUAUUCUCCAUAAAAUGGAGAUUAGAUGAUAAAAUACAAAAUCCCCUGUUACAAAUACCCUGCAUCUGUAUGUAAACAGAUUUGGAGAAAGUUUGUUCACAUUUAAACUCGUCUUUUAUCAUUGUUCAUUUGAAGCU